UCCAACCAAACCCAAAAACCGAACGGUAACCCCCAAAACAAAAGUACAAAAGCUGGAUCUCAUAAGUCAAAACAUUCUUGGAGUUGGUCUCUUUCAUCUUCUCCACACGUUUCACCCAAUGAAACCCUGCCAAUCCCAACUAGAAAGUAGUUGGAAGUUAGGUCCCCUCUCUAUCUCCCUACUCUCUUUUCCUUUAUAAAAACCCAUUUUUAGCUUGUAACAGUGCUUCCAUAAUCUCUUUCAAAUAUGCUGCUCGCCCUUUUCACAUCCCUGCUUCAUCGCCUCUUACUACGGUGGCCAGUGCUACUCUACGCUGCCACGUGGACCGUUCUCUUAACGGCGGUGGUGGCGAUCGCAUCGUUCUCGCCGGAGCUUGCUUUUGUCUCCGCCAUAUCUCAGUCAUCCUCGUUUUCGAAAGAGUGCGGGAUAGAGGGGUCCGUUAGAGUUCCGAUAGACGUGCCGGGAGAGAAACUGUGCUUGCCGGGUCACCUGUUUGGUAGGUCCAAAAUUGACUGGAUAGUGCCACCGGUUUUCGCUGCUGUCGUCGUGACUGGGUCGGCUUGGGUGGUCCGUGGCAUGGGCUUGUGGGAAUUCGACGAGACCCAUUAAUUUUGGCUCAUUUAGGUUCGCUUUAUACAGUUAAAAGUUCACAUCUUUUUGCCUUUGUACUUAAUGAUAAAAAUAAGUAAUUCGGAUGAA